AUGAGACUCCUCCCGCUCCUAGUGGGUUUUUCCACUUUACUGAAUUGUUGCUGCGCUCAAAACUGUACCAAGACGCCUUGCCACCCAAAUGCAAAAUGUGAAAUUCGGAAUGGAGCUGAAGGCUGCUAUUGCAACCUUGGAUAUUCAGGAAAUGGUAUCACAAUUUGUGAAGAUGAUAACGAGUGUGGCAAUUUAACCCAGUCCUGUGGUGAGAAUGCUAACUGUACAAACACACAGGGGAGUUAUUACUGUGUGUGCGUGCCUGGCUUCAGAUCGAGCAGCAACCAGGACAAGUUUAUUACUAAUGACGGGACCAUCUGCGUAGAAAUUGUGAAUCCAGACUGCCAUUUAGAUAAUGCCUGUAUUGCCGAAAAUGUUAAUAAAACUUUAACAAAAAUUAGACACAUAGAAGAACCUGUGGCUUUGCUCCGAGAAGUCUAUAGAAAUUCUGUGAAAGAUCUUUCACCGAUGGAUAUAAUUACAUACACAGAAGUAUUAGCUGAAUCAUCCCCAUUACUGGGUUAUAUGAACAGCAUGAAUUCAGACAAGGACACCUUUUCUAAUUCAACUCUGACUGAAUUUGUAAAAACUCUGAAUAAUUUUGUUCAAAAGGAUACAUUUACAGUUUGGGACAAGUUAUCUACAAAUCAAAGAAGAACUCAUCUUACAAAACUGAUACAUGCUGCUGAGCAGGCUACCUUAAGGAUAUCUCAGAACUUUCAGAAGACCACUCAGUUUGAUACUAAUUCAAGUGAUAUAGCUCUCAAAGCUUUCUUUUUUGAUUCACAUCACAUGAAAUAUAUUCAUCCCCAUAUGAAUAUGGAUGGAGAUAAUAUAAAGAUAUUUCCAAAGAGAAAAACUGCAUAUGAUUCAAAUGGCAGUGUUGCCGUUGCAUUUUUAUAUUAUAAGAGCAUUGGUCCUCUGUUUUCAUCAUCUGACAACUCAUUGGAACCUCAAAGUUAUGAUAAAGCUGAAGAGGAGGGAAGAGUCAUCUCUUCAGUAAUUUCACUCUCAAUUAGCUCAAACCCACCCACAUUAUAUGAACUUGAAAAAGUAACAUUUACAUUAAAUCACAUAAAGACCACAGAUAAAUAUAAGAGUCAGUGUGCAUUCUGGAACUACCUACCUGACACCAUGAAUGGCAGCUGGUCUUCAGAGGGCUGUGAGCUGACAUACGCGAAUGACACCCACACCUCAUGCCGCUGCAACCACCUGACACAUUUUGCAAUUUUGAUGUCUUCUAGUUCUUCUAUUGGUAUUAAAGAUUAUAAUAUUCUUACAAGGAUCACUCAACUAGGAAUAAUUAUUUCACUGAUUUGCCUUGCCCUAUGCAUUUUUACCUUCUGGUUCUUCAGUGAAAUUCAAAGCACGAGGACAACAAUUCACAAAAAUCUCUGCUGUAGCCUAUUCCUUGCUGAACUUGUUUUUCUUGUUGGGAUAAAUACAAAUACUAAUAAGCUCUUCUGUUCCAUCGUUGCUGGGCUGCUGCACUAUUUCUUUUUAGCUGCCUUUGCAUGGAUGUGCAUUGAAGGCAUCCACCUCUAUCUCAUUGUUGUAGGAGUCAUCUAUAACAAAGGAUUUUUGCACAAGAAUUUUUAUAUUUUUGGCUAUCUCAGCCCAGCUGUGGUAGUUGGAUUUUCAGCAUCAUUAGGAUAUAGAUAUUAUGGCACCACCAAAGUAUGUUGGCUUAGCACAGAAAACAACUUUAUCUGGAGUUUCAUAGGACCAGCCUGUCUAAUCAUUCUUUUUAAUCUCUUGGCAUUUGGAGUUAUCAUAUACAAAGUUUUUCGUCACACUGCAGAGUUGAAACGAGAAGUUAGUUGCUAUGAGAACAUAAGGUCUUGUGCCCGAGGAGCGCUUGCACUCCUCUUCCUCCUUGGCACCACCUGGAUCUUCGGCGUUCUCCACGUUGUGCACGCAUCGGUGGUGACAGCUUAUCUCUUCACCAUCAGCAAUGCGUUCCAGGGGAUGUUCAUCUUCUUAUUCUUGUGUAUCUUAUCUAGAAAGAUCCAAGAAGAAUAUUACAGAUUAUUCAAAAAUGUCCCUUGUUGUUUCGGAUGUUUGAGGUAA